AGAAAAGCCUUAAACAUUUGGGGGCGUGAGGACACAGGUGAGAGUCCAUAGAUGCAUUUUGAGUAUUUACAGUAGGGUAAUUCUAGGAAUAGGAUAUUAUAAGGUUAUGCGAGCGAUACAGGGACCUAAACGUACCCAGCCUGAGGUAUCCACCCUGCCCUUGCGAUAAACACUUUGUGUCUUUAGUUUCGUUUUUGUCUCCCGUUGUGCUACGAUGUUUGCGACGCUUCCUUAUCCGCCACAGCAGCACCAGCUUAUUGUUCCGUGAUCUCAAGCCCACUUCCUCCUAGGACCGAUCCCUUUGUGGCAUUACACAGUGUAAAAACUGUGAACUUUGGACUCGUACAUGUUGCUUUAUGAUUGCGAAAGACUGAAGCGACUUGUAAUGCCUCCCUGUUACAAGAUAAGGCUGAUGCUGAAAACGAAACUUUGAAGGCGCAGAGCGACCGACUUCACUAUGUUCGACUUUCUGCCACUGAUUUAACAAGGGAUGGAUGGUGAGAGAAGUGAUGGAGGUGGAGAUCUGGAGGUGGAAGAUGAGUUUGCAUGUGCUGGAAUGCUGCGGGGAUCUCUGACCUGCCUGCAUAGCACUGUGGAGCGGAUAUUUAGGGUGACAUUUGGGAUCGGGGCAGACGAUUUGCCCCACGGCAACAAUGGGCAGAUAUGGCUGAAACUACGAGGGCCGAGCAGCGAUGUGAAAGCUGCCAAAUUAUUUGUGAAGGGACUGGUGAACCAGGAGGAACAGCAGGAGCUUUCAUAUCCUAGCACCCUUCAUUGUGUCUUCUGUGGAGCCAGAGGGCUGUUCUUGGACUGUCUGAUCAAAAGCACCUCAGCACAUAUAGUGGUCGGCUCCCCAGGAUUCCUGCUUAUAUCUGGCCUGGCAGAACCGGUAGUGCGGGCCUACUCUCUUGUUACAGAGCUGGUUAAGAGGUAUGAAGGGACACAAUGCAGACGCUCUGAGACUGGAGACAGAGGCGAGUCCCUGGAUUCACGUCGGACCUUCAAAACUCUGGUGGAGAAACGUGAGGACAGGCACAUCCUGGAUCUUCUGGUGCUUCCAGGGGCAGUCAAGGAAAUCCUGCUGGAUUUGGUGAAAGAAUCAGGACUUGGGUUAAGCCCAAACCUGACAGGCAGAAAUGUGAGAUUACAUGAUGAGGCAGAGGAUAGAUGGGACAAAUCCUCCUCCAUUACAUGCACACUGCCUGAGCCUUCCAGCACUACUGAUCGUUGGGUUGAAGGGAUGAAUGUGGUUCCACGAAAAGAAGCUGCAGCCAAGGACUCCUUCCAGUCUUUCUCCAUGUCUGCAGGAUCCCGACCGAGAGCAGAGGGUGCUGAGGAACGGAUUAUGCAUUCUCCACAGGAGGUGGGAGAAGAUGAGCAGGCAGAGCAGAUGCAAACAAUAGAUACCAAAGAGAAAGAUGGGCUGGGGGAGGUGGAAGAGCUGGAGUCACAGUUGUCAAAGGGAAACAAGGAGUUUUGGCUCCUUUUGAAGUUCUUCACAGCCAUGGGGUACACAGAAGAUGUUGUGAAACGAGUGCUUGCUCAAACCGGUCCCAAAGAGGCCUCGCAGAUAUUGGACUUAGUUCAACAGGAACAAGAUCGCAGCGACACGGAGCAGAUAAUUCAGGGUGCUGCAGGCCCAAAAAAUCAAGAUGGUGUUGGCCUGAAUCAGAGGGAGAGCAACCGACCUUGUGAGACGGAGCACAGAGAGGAUGAAGAAACAGCAUCAGGAGGAGAAAGGGUGAUUAUUAGUAAGGAGCAGGUGGAAGAGAUUUGUGAGGGAGGGGGUGGCGGAGCGACAGGAGGCACAGGACACUUUCAGGGAGAAGGUAGUGCUGAUGAAAAGGAGGGUGGACAAGAUGAAGACUUUGUCCUGGGAGUGGUGAAGAAAGCUGCAGCCAGCUGCGGGUACACAGAACAGAAAGUAGCCGAGGUCUACAGCAUGUUGCCUGAUCGAUCCACACACCAGCUGCUCCUGGAGCUGCAGAGAGAGGAGAUAAAAGAGACAGAGCCAUUCAGGGAGGGCCCAAGAGAGAUGGAUGAUGUGGUGCUGGAGAUAGAGGGACCAAAAUUUGAUGAUGAUGAUGAAGGAUGGGUAGAAUUGUUAAAGCUAAGUGCACCUUUUGCACAACCAGAUUUGUCUGCUCAGAGUAAUAAAGCCCAGCAGCGACCCACAAUUCAAUACACUUCACAGCCUCCACACCAACUUGUCCUGUCUGAAGUCAAAGGGCCGCCCAUGCGUACAUAUCCCUCAUCCCUAGAUCCUCCACUUUCUCAUUUCCAACAUGUCCAAUGCAAUAAACAGUAUAGCCAAAGCAGCCACUGGACUAAUCCAUCCCCCUCAAAAAAAAAUCACCCAACUCCUGACAAUGCCCCAAAGCCAAAGCCGCCAGUUUUCACCGUUAAAGACUCAUCUCCCAUCAGAGCGAAGGAAAGGCAUGGUGUCACGCCUGCUUCUUCAGUUGUGGUGACAGGGGAGCAGCGUUUCCUGGAGGGACUCCAGACACCCUUUGACCUCCAGCUAACAGAUAAGCCUGGAGACCCAAAGCUGAGGGAGAUCAUUAUUGAUGGGAGCAACGUGGCCAUGAGUCAUGGGUUGGGUCACUUCUUCUCCUGUCGAGGAAUCGCUCUCGCCAUCCAGCACUUUUGGGACCGAGGCCAUCGUCAAAUCAGUGCCCUCCUGCCCCAGUGGAGACAGAAGAGUGAUCCCAGGAUCAAAGAGCAACACUAUCUGACUGAGCUGCAGAAGCUGGGCCUACUCUCCUACACACCUUCCAGAGAGGUUCAGGGUAAGAGGAUCAGCUCAUACGAUGACCGAUUCAUGCUGCAGCAUGCGCAAAGGACAGAUGGAGUGAUCGUAACUAAUGACAAUUUGAGAGACCUCUCAGAUGAGUCCCCUGUGUUCCGAGACAUCAUCAAAAAGAGACUUCUUCAGUACACGUUUGUUGGGGAUCACUUCAUGGUACCAGAUGACCCUCUGGGGAGAGGAGGGCCUCACCUGGAUGACUUUCUACGUUCCGAGCACAGGACUCCUGAUGUAGGAAACCACUCUUUUGCUGGUAGCGCCACCAAUUUUCCUCCAUCCAAAACACUGCGCUCCCAAACAGAGGUCAUGAACUUCCGUGACCGAACACUGGGUGUUGCUCUGGAUGCAGCGAAUGGAGGGGGAUGGGGUAAAGGUAGAGGGCAUCGAAGAGGACGGGACAUGGGACACCAGCACAGGGAGCAUGAAGCUGGAGGUCCUGGCCUGGUGUUAAAUACAUGCAGGACUCCAGAGGAAACAGCCAGACUAAGAGAGCACCUCUGUCAGAUUUUUCCCGAUCAGGACAAUAUGGUGAUGCUAGUGCUACAAUGCCACCCAGAGGAGAGGAACAUCAAUGUCCUGUCUGAUCUAAUCUUGAAGCAGCAGGAGGAGUAGACAUCUUUAGGUUUUCCCUGGUUUAUUUCUGUCUUUUCUUACAUUGACGUUGCCCUAAUUUUCCCACCAAAGCAACUACAACAAGCAAACCAAAUUAUUGGUGGAACU